UUUGAACAUUGCGAUAAGACAUAAGUUGUUAAAUGUUUCAACUUAAAAUAGUUUUAAAUAAUUGCAGGACUUAUUUGUGCAAUCAACGGACUGUAUCCUCAGGCUUAUUAUAUAAUAAAAAUUUCUCCAGUAAAUGCACUUAUUCUCAGAGAAACUGACCGCUCAAAUGACAUAAGACGAAUUUUCGCAUGACGCAUGCCAUACGUUGUCACCAGUCAUGUGGAUGAUCUUCUAAAUCGUGGAAAAAAUUAAAAACUCUGUCUAUAGCGUGUCCAAUCAGGUUAUAAGUAAGAACCUGCGUGACUUCUUAUUUACCGGAUAUGACGUCAGCAUACUUCCACAGUGUACUUCCGGUGAGAAGGUGACGCUUAAUGUGGACAUGGCGCUGAGGCAAAUAUUGGAAUUGAACGAGAGAGACCAAAUACUGACUGCAAAUAUUUGGAUGAGAACUAAUUGGAACGACUGUCGCCUUCAAUGGGACACCAUCAGUUAUAACAACAUUACAUACCUUACUGUGACCUUCCACGAUGUCUGGAAACCAGAUACAACACUUUAUGACAGCGCCGGGGAAGAGGUCAUGUUUCCGGGAUGGGAAGACUUCCGGGUAUCCAUAUCCAAUUCCGGUCAAGUGACCUACAACUUCCCGUCCGUGGUUAAAAGUAUAUGCAGGGUCAAUGUCAAAUACUUUCCGUUCGACACGCAGGAAUGCAACCUUAAGUUUGGGUCAUGGUCGUAUAACGGAUUCGACCUUGACAUUGUCAACAGAAAUUCAAACGGUGACCUCGAUAACUUUAUUGAGCACACCGAGUGGAAAAUACGCAAACUUCCGGCGGAGCGUCAUGAGUUCUACUACAACUGCUGCCCGGAACCCUAUCCUGACGUCACCUUUACCAUCGUCAUGGAGCGGCGGCCAGCGUUCUACCUACUUACAAUGCUGCUCCCGUGUAUUCUGACGUCAUGUGUGGCGGCGCUGGGGUUUCUGCUACCGGUUGAGUCGGGCGAGAAGGUUUCCCUGGAAAUCACGGUGCUUUUGUCAUUGGCAGUGUUCCUGUUGUUGGUGUCUGAAUCGCUACCGCCAUCAUCCGACGAUUUCCCCGUCAUAGGUUCGUACUUCGCCUGUUCUAUGGUAUUGGUGUCUUUCUCCCUGCUUCAAACAGUCUUGGUGCUUAACGUGUUUUACAGGGGAACCAAUGGACGCAGGGUACCGAGAUGGGCAAAUGUGUUUUUUCUGCAAUUCUUAGGACGUGCGCUAUGCAUUCAGUCAAACAAAGUAGCGGUGCAAUCAGACUCGACGGACGAAGAACAGUUUCCUGAUGACACAAACAACGCGGAUAAUAGCGUAGUUCCCAUUAACGUCAAGGGAGACGUCCGAAAUCACAGCAACAUAUCUACUCUCAAGUUUCGCGCAUUUGAACUUCAAACCACCGGGAUUUACCGAAACCCCCAUUCUCAACAAACCAACAUUCAGAAUGACCGGCAUUUGUUAGCAAAUGAGUCCAGUGACUCAGCUACAACAAAUCUUAAGCGUAUAGUGGGCCACUUAGAAGAGGAUCAUCUCAAUGAGAGCAUUAGUGCCGAAUGGAGGGACAUCUCUAAUGUGAUGGACAGGUUCUUCUUUAUUCUCUACGCGCUGGUUACGGUGAUCACCACGAUGUCAUUUCUACUCCAAGCGGUUUAGGAAAACAAUUCGAAAGAUCAACAAUGCGUGUGUGUGUUUUUUUCAAAUUGAAAUUGUUGUUGUUGUUGUUUUUUUAAGUUGCAGUUUAGUUAUGAAUCCACUGUUCAUAGUCCGAACAGCUGGAUAGUGACGUGACAGGUGGACAUGAAGUGUGAAAUGACUGAUCUACGCAAUGUCAUUUAUGCAAAGACAGAACCAUUAAAUUAUUUCAAUUUUUAUUGACAUAUUACUUAGUACGCAACUAUAUCCCUUUACAAGCCUCGUAAGAAAUAUUAAGAAUAUUUAGCAUGUAUAAUGAUUUGUCAAGAGGUGUCAUGUAUGUUCAUAAUGUAUAUUGAAGGUGCAAGAUGCAUUAUGAAUGUUCAAGUCUAGUAUUCCUGAUAUAAUUUAUGAAAUAUAAUACUGCAAACUCAUGUAUAUAUUCUUUGGCAGGAAAUUUCGUGUUUAAAAGAUAUAACUUCAUGGGCACGUCCAUUCGUGGAUAACUGACUUUUCCAAAAAAGAAAGCAAUACAGCUUAACUGAACUAGCGUUUUACCGGAAAUGUUCAGGAUCAGAAAAGUAAACAAUGUGAUGUAUACCCCUUUGUCAAGUAUCUGGAUGUAUCUGCAUUGCACGACAGGAUGUUUGUGAUUUCGUUAGAUUGAAAGACUUUCGUCUCUUAUUUAGAAUAAAACAAGAAUAAUGAUAAGGAAUAUUUUUCGUCGGGAUCUUAAAUUUUUGGAUCUGUUUUACCGACGAAAUAAAAACAAUAUUUUAUUAAUGAUUUUGCAGUUCUAUUAACUUUUAUAAAUGAUUAUUUGUACAUACUUUUUUAGUUCGUAUCACCUGUAUUUAGAAUUGCAAUUAACUUUUCUCUAAACACAUUUUAAGAUUUUCUUGUUUUGUCUGUGGUGCGUCGUUUUAUACGACUUUCAAUUUACCCCCCAGCUACCCGGGUAUUCGCCAAAGAAAUAAUUAUGAUCCAAAAGCACUAGUGCACGGUGGUCAAUAAGGCCUUCAUGUGCUCUGGUAUUCUUGCAGAGAAUGACGCGGUCGCCCUAUUCAUCUACAUUUUAUAUUUGUUACCACUUGCUUAUGUUUAGCAAUAUUAAGCAGGGGCAAUAUGAUAUUCCGCAUAGAGUUCGCAAUGGACAAACAGGACUAUAACAAUACGUUCACUUGUUUUGACUGUGGUUUCGUUUAAAUCUGAGUAAGGGAUCACAAUACAUGCACGUGUACUUGUCUUACCGCAACCAAUGAAGAUGAGAUUGACAAACAUAUUAUCGGGUAGACAUUAAAGGUGUACUACGGAUAAUAUUCUACUGAGAGAACUUAAUAUAUAUACAUAAAAUGU